UGCACGAGACGUCACACUAAAACGGGGACAGUUUUAUUUGGAGCCUUGAUAAGAAAGCAGAGGACAACACAGACGCAAUCAAAGCUGUUGGCUACGCAUUUAUUACGAACGGAAACAACAGAGUGAACAAAUCCAGACAAGACCUUCCAGAUGGAUUUCACCCAUCCAGGAAGCUGAAGCCCACACCAGUUCAAAAACAUUUUUUUUUUAAUUUCUCAGUUUUGUAAUUGCUAUUGAAGAGUUCCCUUCUCCCGCUCCCAGGGCCACCAUCAAACCACAUACUUGAAGUUCUCUAAAGGAUCUCUCUACACACAAGACUUCGUGAUUAUGUUUGCCUGACUGAAUGGUCACUUUGCAUUUUCCACGAGCUCCACAUUGACAAUGACCUCCAGCAUACCUACUUUGUAAAAAACCAAAAGAAAACAACCAAACACCCAUUCCAUUGAUUGCUGUGGCCAUCCUUGACUUUCUGAACCAUGUCCCAUCCCCUUCAUAACCCCUAUAAUUUUGGGAUACAAAGUUCUACGCAGCAUCAAAAUGCACUCAGCUCUUCUGGAGCAUCCUCUGGAACUUCUGACACUACGUUGGGAACAAUUCCUUCACUGCGUGGUUUUCCAGUGACCUACAUCCCCCCACAGAGUAGUUCUAUUUUAGAUGGAGGUGUGAAGAGAUCUACAGAAAUGUAUCUUGGUCAAGCCAGGAAAGAGAUGAGACAACAGCCUGUUAACCAGGCCCCUUGCUUUACCGGCACUCAAGAAGACAAGUUUAUUUCUUCAACUGCAACGGUUGCCUCCAGUCCAGUGUGCUCAGCAUCUCAAAGACACUCUGAUUUUAAAAGUAGUGGGCCUUGUUCCUUGGACUCGUCAAGCUAUAAGAAAGCCACUGAAAAUGAUUCUUCUAGAUUUUUUUCAUCAUCUACUUCACUGAGCUUUCAAGGCAGUGGUGAAAGCAUCUUUAGUACCUUCAGUGAAAGAGAACGGGAUAUGCAGUCCAUUCCAGGCUUAGGUGAUUCUGACUAUCGAAUGCAAGACAAACCUGUGCUCCCUACUGACUCCAGUUACCCAAAGUACUCUUCACAAGAAGCUUCUAACAUCCUUUUACGUUUUGGACUUGAAAAAGACGACUUGGAAUAUCUGAUCUCCUACCCUGAAGACCAGAUAACCCCUGGCAAUCUGCCUUUUAUCUUAAGGCAAAUCCGCAUGAAGAAGGCUGAGAGUGUUAAACCUAUUGUUCAUUCAAAAGCCUGUCCUGAACCUCAACCCACCCCCAGCAUGACCGUAAUGGACAGGUUCAGAAGGGAAGGGAUGCAACAAGAAGAAUUGGCACAGAUUAUCAAACCAAGUAAAGUGAUUGACUAUGGACAUACUAGCAAAUACACUGGAGGGUUUGGCAGUGAUAUUGGAAAGCGCAGUGGAAGUAGAGCUAACAGUAGUGAGAGUGGUAGCAUGUUGCUCAUGGACACUUAUGAUGGUGGCAGUUGCAAUAGAGAACCACUGCAAGAAAGUACGACAGAAGUGAAAACCAGUACCUUGGUUUCUUCAUGUGACCUUCGGGGAACUGUUUCCACUAAUAGUUCAAUGCAGAGCUAUGAGCCUCCUCCAAGCUGGAAUCCAACGCAACGAUUGCCGACUCAGUCAAACCCAGCAUCUCAAGAAAUCAUCAGCUCCUUCUCUCUACCAAAGAAAGACACAGACUUAAGACUUCUCAAAUCCAAACUAGUUCCUUUGAAAGAACCAGAGCCAGAUUGCCAUUUGGCAUUAAAAGCUCAACCACCUCUCAGUCAUAUUGCUCGUGGUGUGCAUCCUGAUCGACCUGGCCUUGUGCUCAUCGGCAAUAAUGAUAACAGUUGCACCAAGGAUCAAAGUGAAAGUCAACAACAAGCGCCAAAGGUUGCUAAGCCCAUAAACAAACAGAAGGUGCUCCAAAGGCAGAUGCAGCAGGAACUAAAGAAACAGGCGGAGCAGCAGCGGCAGCAGGACCAGAAGCAACCACCAGUGCAGAUGGGACAACGCCAGUGUGCAAACCCAGUCACUCCCCUAGCACCUCAGAUAAUUCCUAAACCAGUGAACUUCGUUCAUAUGCCACUGCCACUUUCCAGCAAGCAGUGUCUUGCAGACAGGGAGCUAUCAGAGGGUCUGCCAGCAUUGGCCAUGAUGCAAGACUAUGCUGCAGCCACACCACAAACCUUUCCACAUACCUGUUCUCUGUGUUUGCAAAAAUGUACUGGUAUGAAGGAAUGGCUCCUUCACCAGAAUACCAGCUUUCACCUCGACAACUGCAAACUUCUUCGGAAACGAUAUCCACAGUGGGAUGGCAAAGUACUGACGUACCAAGGUUCUUCAAAUACAGGAAAGAAGUCCUCACCCUCCUCUUCUGGCAAAACUUCCCAGCAUCGUCAUCAGAAAACCAGGCGUGAGAGUCGUUCCCGUUCUCGCUCACACAGCCCACGUCGCCGCCUUGGUUCAGAUGGCAGAAGGCCUAAACAUGGCAACUAUUCAUGCUCUCACUCAAAGAGCCCUCACCACCACUUCAGCUCUGGGGGGAGAAGAGAGAAACUCAGUAGUGGAUCACGAUCGCCAAACAGCUCCAGACAUGCUCGCAGGUCCCGGUCUCGUUCCUUCUCCCCACGGAAGGACUAUCUUGCCUCCUUGCGUUAUCGAUCACAUUCAAGGAGCCAUGAAAGACGAUCGUCACCAAGAAGGAGACAUGAGAAACAGUUACUACAAAAGAGGAAUGAUGAAAGACGAUCGCCGACAAGGAGACGAGAUGAUAAGCGUUUGCCGCUGAGCAGAAGUCAUAAGAGCUCAUCAUCAGAAAAGAGGCCUCAACAAAAGAAGUUGGACAACAGUACAAAAAGACUUGCUAAACAGCUGCUGGAAACCACAGGUCUCCACUCUUUGUCAAAAAAGUCUGACCUGGAGGCCAUAGCUGAAAUACUGGCUGAGCUAGCCAAGAUGAAGUCACCAUUAACAUCCUUAUCAUCCUCUGCUUCUACAUCAUCAUCCUCCUCAAAGAAGGAGAAGACCAUCAAGUCAUCUGAAAGUAAACCUGGACUUCAUAAGAGUGAAGCAAGUACCUCUUCAAAGCCUAAGGCUAGUAAAUCUUUUCCUUCAACAACGGUCAAAUUACAUGGGAUUGUCAAAACUUUUUCUCACGAAGAAGUGGUUGCUGCUGUGGAACAUUUUGGAAAAACUGAGUCCAUUGUAUUGUACAGGUCCAAGCUAGAGGCAAAAGUGAAUUUCAUGAAAGAAGAAGAUGCUCAAAAACUGAAAAAGUUACAGAGCAUCGACAUAAAAGGAAUACCAGUCACUGUUGUCAGAGAACAGGAUACUGUUACAAAGAAGCGUCUUCCAACCUUUACCAAAAAACAAGAGCAGCUUCCACAGAAAAAAAUCGUCAAGUCCACUAAAUCCACUUCAACUAGAAAUUCUUUUAAAAAGCCGUUGUCUUUGUCAUCUGGAGAGAAAAAAAAUACAACAGGCAAACUUGUUACUAAAGCAAAAGUCUUGGUUUCCAAAGCAAAAGGUGUCUCAACAAAACAGAUAUCCAAAACCUUAAAGCAAGGCAAAGUAGCUGCAAAAGGAGCUGUAAAUGUUGUUGAAGAAAAGAAAGAUGCUUCAAAUCUUAAAGGUUGCAAUAAUUCCAAAAGUUCAGGAAAGCAGCAGGGCAAUGCCGUCUCAAAACAAAGACCUACCCGCAAAGGAUCUGAAAGCAAUGCUAAAAACUCUGUAGUGGCACCUAAAGAUACAGUCAAGGUGGACCAAUUGUCAAAAAAGACCAUGAAUCCAAUUAAAGGAACUGCAAUUGUAACUCAUGCAAAGGUCUUAGUUGCCCAAGCACAAACAGCCUCAACUAUCGACAAACCUCAAAGUCAAUUAGAACAAUUGGCUGCAACAGUAACUUCAACAACAUUAAAUGUGGAAGAAAUUACUGUAAAGGGCACUAAUGUUCUAUUUAAAACUUCAGAGGAUAAGCCUGGUGUAGAGACUUUAAAGCCACCAGAAAUGGAAAUAAAGUUUCAGCAGCCAACAGUGGUGAGUGAGGAGACAACCGAGGUACUUGAAACAAGAAAUGCAACAGCUUCUGGAACAAAGAACCAGGCUGAUGACAAAGUUUAUCAGAAGGAAAAAGAGGUCAAACACGCUGAACUAUUGGAGUCUGUGUAUACAAAAGUCGUAGAGCCCAUUGAAGUUGAAAGUUUUUCCGGUAGCAAAUGCUUGCGAGAACCAGAGUCCUCUGAAAUAGGACAAAUGCCACCACAGACUUCAGGGAGCUCAGCUCAAGCUGCUUUGGAUACAAAGCAGACACCCGAAAGGAUCGAAAAGGGUCAAGAGCAGCAAAAAGGCAAGGUGGACACAGUUCAUGCCACAAAUGUUCCAUCCAAACCUAAAACUUCAGAAAAUAAGCCUGAUGAGACCUUCAAGACCCCCAAAAGUGAUACAAAUGUUCAAGAAUCUGCAGUUAUGCCGGAAGACAGAGUAAGAAAUGUGUCUGCUUCUGAAAUGAAGCAGCAGACAGAAUUAGCCAAAGUUGAGACAAAAGAGGCCAGUCACACUGAACCACUCGAGUCUGGGAAUAAAAAAGUGACAGAGCCCAAAGAAGUUGAACACUUUACUGACAUAACAACUGAACUAACCAAAUCGAAUAAGGGUCAGACACCAACCAGCACAAGUGAGACUACACUAGUUGUAUCUCCAACAAAACAUCCGAUUGAUUCACCUCAUAGAACACAGACUACAAUAAAAAAACCAGAAUCCUACGAGAAUACAGAGGUUCAAGAAUCUGGAAUAGUGCCUGAAAAGACAACCAAGGUUCCUGAAACAAAAAAAUUAUCAGUUUCUGAAACACAGCAGCAGGCGAACUUGUUGAAAGUUGAGACAAAAGAGCCCAAACACAGUGGGGAUUGCUUUGAGGAUACAGAGGUUCAAGAUUCUGGAUCUGCCAAAAAUGAUGUGGACGAGGCAAUGGAAGUCGAACAUUUUGCUGAGAAAAAGGCCUUACUAGCCAAAUCGAGUGAGGGUCAGACACCAGCCAGUACAACCGAGACCAAACCAAUAAUUGAUGACCCUCAGAGACUGCAGACCAGAGCUGAGACAAAAGAGGCCAAACACAGUGAACCACUAGAAUCCGGAAAAACAAAAGGGACAGAGUCCAUGAAAGUUGAAAGCUCUACUGACACGACAAAGACUAUUGUCAAAAACACAGAAACUUUGGAGAAUCAAAAAUCUGCAGCAGUGCUUGAAAACACAACCAAGGUUCUUGAAACAAGAAAUGGAUCAGCUUCUGAAACAAAGCACCCAGCAAAAUCUACCAGUGUUGAUGUAGAUGCAAAAGAUGCCAAACGUGCUGAAUCACUGGAGAUUGGAGUCCUGCAAAUGUCAGGAAGUUCAACUGAAGCUGCUCUGGAGGCAAAGCAGAUGGUUCAGAGUGUGAACACAGUCUCACAGCAAAAAGAUCUUGUGAUUGAUGUGACAAGUCAAAAGGAUCCCCCGUCAAAAACUGUCAGUAAUGUUUUGGCAGUGUCGACUGCAGUAGCUGCAUCUUCCAAAACUGAGCCAACAGCUGCAACAGCAGGCAAGCAAAGGCAAAGUUUUAGCAACCUGACUUUUGGGGAGAAGAUAGAAAAGCUCAUGGAUAGAAAUCGCCUGAAUUGUUUCAAAAAUAAUAAAACAUUGCUGUCAAAGGUGAUGUUGAUCACAAACCUGCCAGAAUAUCAAAAUAGCUGCUACACAGAGGCGGACGUUGCCAAUCAACUCACCCUAUUUGGCUUUGGAUAUAUGGAAGAUGACAUCUAUGUUAUUCCUCAAAUGCGUAUGGCUUUUGCCAUCGCGCCAAGUGUGAUGAAGGCAAAAAAGCUUUUUAAAUCGUCGAAAGAGAAGAGUAUUAUUCUCAAUGGGUCCACACUUUGUUUGGAGUUUUUAAUCUACUCCUUUCCAAUGAAUCCGCUUGGAUUUUAUAGCACCCUGAUGAAUCUGGUGAAUUAUCAGACAACUGAUGAUGGAUCAACGGUAAUCUACAUCAAGAAUAUCUCACCAAGUGAGGCCAAUGAUCUCAGGGAAGCUUUGGAAAAAAUCGGUUCUGUCAAAAACUACCUGCCUCUCCUCAACAAGGUGUUUAUUGAAUUUGAGUCCAUUUACGAUGCUGAUCGACUCGGAGUUUGGUACAGCCUCCUGAAACAGGGCUUUGGCCAUAAUGUCUACAGGAUUAAGAUACCAAGAAAUGAAUCCACAGCACGGCCACCCAGACUGGCAGCGAAAGCUUUGCCGGACAGCAAGGUUGUCGCUGAAGGGGCGACAAUCCCAACAGCAAAUUUUGGUGUUCCUCAGGGAAGCACUUCACCAUUUUGGGUUACAAUGAAAACAUAUCCCUUUUUGUUCCCUACUGCAUCUCCUUGGUUUGUCAUCCCAGAUUUUCUGACAGUCCAGCUGACAAAAAAACAGAAAAACCAUCCUCCAGGCUCUGUUUUCCCCCACAUUAUGCUGACCGGUUUGCCAGAAGGGAACUACAGACACGAGGAUGUCGCCAAGCUGGUGUGGCACCAUUUCCCCGUUCAUAAUCUUCAUACUCUGUACUACAAGAUCAUCGUUUUAUCACUGCAGAGGAGGGCCUUCGUGUACUUCAGUGACUGGAAUGCCUGUACCAAUUUUGUUCAACUGCACAGGAAAAACCCUAUUUCUGUCGGAGGUCGGAUACUCAAUGUCCACUUCGUGUUACAGGACAUGCAUCCUGGAUCCAGUGAGGAGGUCGUAUACAGAAAUCUGAUGAAAUGGAGCAAUAUUCAUGUUCCAGAUUCAGAGUCUCUGGAGGAGCGGCUGCUCUGUGUGGAGAUCUCUGAGACAUCUGUGGACCUCAUCAUGAUGGUCAUGCAAGUGGUGGCAUCCAGUGGUUCUUUUGUCAGAUUCUUGCCACUUGCUAACAGGAUUUACAUUGAGAUGGCACAAUCUAGUCGUGUAACACAGGUGUUGGAGAAGAUUGCCUCAAAUGAACAUUUAUCUACGAAUGUAAUUUGGAAUAAAGUUCGACGUAUUGAAACUUUGAAGAGCCUAAAACAGCGUCUCCAAGACUCCAGUGAGAUUAAAGUAAAUCUUGAACUGGACACCACAGAUGUUAAGUUCCCAACUGUGAUAAGUGGAGCACAGCCUUCUCUUUCUGAUAAAGGGCCGCAAACUCUUCAGCAAACCAGUACCUCUGGUUCUGCUCAACCAGCAGUAUCAGUUAGUUCCAAUAUUUCUAAGUCUCUCACAACAGGACAAAGUGCAACAAGUGACCAAGGAAUGGAAGAAACCAGUGAUAAACCAGGAACUGAGAUCACUAUAACAUCCACCAUUGCUCUUCAGGCUAGUCAGGAUGUAGAGAAGGCAGAAUGGGGGGUAGGGGAAGAAGGGUCACCAGUAACUUCAGUCACCUCUGCUGAUGGAAGAACUGUUUCAGCUGCUUCUACCCUUGCUCCUCCAGUCACAAGUCUGACAAAGUCUAAGGAAACGAUCAAAGAACUUCCUUAUGUUAAUGCUGACAAGCCCAGACUGAUUCAAGGAACCAAGACACAGAGUGUGGAUAAAAUGAGCCCCAGCAAGAGAGAAGCAACCUCUAGAAGCGACAUGGAUAAAGAGAAAAUGGAAGAAAAGCAGACCUCCGGAGUGGAAAUAGAAAACCAAAGCCUGGUUGUGUCAACCACUGCAAAACAGAUCUCAACAAGGUCCUUCAACGACUCCAUGAGCAGCUCAUCUUCUAGUGUCAGCCGGACCUCUGUCUCUUCUUCUCUACAAUCUAUUGAAACUCCUCCCUUCCCUUGCCAAACAGCACAGCCAGAAAAUCCAGAGUCUCCAGAGAUAGCCUUACAUUCUCCAUCCUCCAGCUGUAGGCCUUCUUCAUCAAUGAUUGCAUCAACAGCAGCAGCAGCAGAUGUGACAGUAGAGACAUAUCAGCUUCAUAGAGACAAAGAAGCAAAACCCACAGAAAGUGCAGUAGGGAAGUCUGGUAAAGUGUUAGCAGAGGGCAUUACUACGGAGACAAAUGGAACAGAAAUAUCUGUAGCUAUACAUUCAGCUGCACAUAGUCAGGGGUUAGAGUUGACAAGCCAAAAACAGAAUCUAGAAAUUGAUUUUAACAAUGGCAUACACAGAGAGUCGAAGGAGAGGACAGAAGAAGUAUGCAGAAAUGAUUAUUCUGGCAAGUAUCCUGAGGAGGAGGACUUUGAAGAUUACCAAAUCCUGGACUCGAUUGAGGACCAAACGGAUGAACAGAUGAAUGAAGACGAAAGCCAAGAUGGCACUGAAACCAAUUUAUCUGGGUUUGUACAAGAGCCAGGCAACUCGUACCAGGUGAUGGAUAGUGUUACCGAGGACCAAGCAGCUAUAGUUAAAGAGGACUCUCAAGAAGAUGCCACUAAUAAGGAUGUGUUAGAUUCAAGCAUGAACCAAACUCCAAGGAUCAAGGGAGCUCGAAGGAGCAUACAAACACAAGAAGAAAUGCAGAGGUCUUUUAAAGCCUCUGAAAAUUUGGGCCAAAUCCUAAAUGUUGAAAAACAGUCUCUUGAAGAACAAGUCAACAAAGACAUGUCAAGCAAUGCAGAUUGUGCUAAGCAAGAAACCUUUGAGAUAUUGGAUUCAAUUGAUGAUAGCACUGAUGACCAUGUUUCUUCAGAAACACAUAUUUUUGAUGAGCUAAAUUUCAGUUUAGAGGACUUUGUCACUGUUGAUGAAAUUGGUGACCACGCUGGAGAAGCAGCCUUCAGCCACCAAAGCUGCUCUUCUCAUAAGCAGAACUCUAGAAGGAAAAGAGAAAGGCAAAGCUCCCACAUUUCCUCCUCUUCUUCCUCACCCGUGCCAACUGACAUCACAGUGAAAGGAAAUUUGUCUUCUAAUGUCAGUAAGACUUCUAGCUCCUCAUUUUCUCAGUCUUUUGAAACUUGCAGGAAAACACACCCAAGCUCGUUAAAGUCCCCAGCCAGAGCACUGCAUACUUCAUCCUCAGAUUGCAGGACACAUUCAUUAAAGAUGGCAUCAGCAGCAGCAGCUGAGGCAUCGGUUGACAUACAUCAGCUGCACAAAGAAACAAGUUCUGUUGAGUCAGAGUCAAGGCAGUCACCUGGACCCGAGAAAAGCCAUCGACUGCAUGAGUUGGACAGUCAGGUCAUGGAGAGCGAUACAGAUGCAGUCAAAACCUGUUCAAAGGAAUGGAGUGAAAUUGGAUUGGAUGCUUCUGUCCAAGUAUUACAUGGAGUUUCUAAACACCAAGUAACUACCAUUCAAGAGGAUGAUCGCCUGGUUGAAAAUGAAGACUCAGCAGAGAAAAGGGUGGUUGAGGAAAACAAGAUUCAGAUAAUGGAAAAUUCUGAUAAAUCUACAGUUCUAGAUGCAGCUGAUAAAAUUGAAAUGUCAAUUAUAAGUAGCAACCAAAGCCCGAGAGGCCAAACAGAAGAAAGAAGAAGAAAAGAAAAAGAAGAAAUGUUUUCAGAAGAAUCCUGCAAAGCGUUCAAAGAUGCUGACAACGGAGACAUGAAAGACAAUUUAUCAGAUAGUACUGAUCAAGAAACCUUUGAGAUAUUAGAUUCAACUGAUGAUCAUACUGAUGACCAUGCCUCAUCAAACACCAGUCUUUUUGAUGAGCAAAAUUUCAACUUGGAGGACUUUGUCACUGUUGAUGAAAUUGUUGAUGAUGUGGAAGAUUUGGCCUUAGACCACCCAAGCACUGCUUCAUCUAAGCAGAACUCUAGAAUGAAAAGUGAAAGGCAAGGUUCAAAUGUUUCAUCUCCUGUAAAGCAGACUUCUACAAGAUCCCUGAAAGACUCCAAGAGCUCAGCAACUUAUUCUUCUUUCUCACAUUCCUUAUCCAAGUCAAUGAAAGCCACUGUGAGGAGCAGUUUGUGUAUGGCUAUGGAAACUCCUGCCUCCUCUGUGGAAAAAGCCCCAUCAAGUAACCCAAAAUCUCCAGCCAGAGCAUUGCAAGUUUUGUAUCCAGGUUUUAGGACCUGUGCAUCAAAAGCAGCUCUAAGUGGAGUUGAGACUUGUCAGCCAAAUGAAGAACAAGCAAAACCAACAGAGAGUUUAGUGGUAAAAUCUGACCACAAAGUUUCAGCCGAUGGCAUUGCUUUGAAAAUUGUUGAGUCAAAGUCAAGCCAGUCAUCUGGUCAUGAGCAAGGCCAGAAAUGCUUUGGAGAUGGCUAUAAGGUCUUGGACAGUAUUGAAGAUGAAAGUCCCGAGGAGUUUAGUGAAAUGGAAAUGGAUGCGCCUUUCAAAGCACUAGACAGUGUAACUGAAGACCAAACAGCAACAGUUCAAGAGGCCACUCAAACAGUUGAAAAUGAAGGUUCCACAUUGAUACAGCUGUCUGAGGAGCAUAUGAUUCAAGUAGAUAAUUCCGAUAAAUCUGUUGCUGAAGAUUCGGCUGAGAGAAACGAAGUGCUGGACGCAAGUAAGAGUCAAGCUUCAAGGAGCAGGGCCGAUGGAAGGUGGGGGAAAGAAAAAGAAGAACAGAUGCUUUCAGGAGAAGCCUGCAAAGACUCUGGACAAAUGACAAAUGUUAAACACCAAAGCAUCAAAGAAGCUUCACCAGAUAGUACUGAAGAAGAAGGCUUUGAGGCAUUGGACUCAGCUAAUGAUCACGCCAAUGACCAACUUGUUUCAGAUACCGCCCUUUUUGAUGAGCAAAAUUUUAACUUGGAGAAUUUUGUCACUGUUGAUGAGAUUUUUGAUGACUCGGGGGAGGACCAAAGCACAGAUGUGCUAUCCUCUGCCGAACAAACAUCAUUAAAAUCCUUGAAAGGUUCUUUGUCACCUUCCUCAUCUAAGACAAGGAAAUCCACUUUGAAAAGCAGUUUGUCUUCUAAUGUCAAAAUGACCUCUUUAGAGUUAAAUGAAACUCCUGCUUCGCCUGAUCAGAAAAGGAUGUCGAGCAAGGCAAAGUCUCCAGCCAGAGCAUCUUAUUCUUCAUCCUCAGGUUUUAGGACUCAUUUGUCAAAGCUGACAUUGACAGCACUAGUUGGGGCAACAAUAGAGACUCAUCAGCUUCAUAGAGAAGAACCAAACCCUACAGAAAGUGUACCUGUAAAGUCUGAUCACAAAGUUUCAAUAAAAGGCAUUGCUGGGGAAAUUGAGUCGGAGAUAAGUCAGACACCUGGACCUGAGCAAGGCCAAGAAUUACAUGAAGGAGGUUUUCAGGUCUUGGACAGUGUUAAUGAUGAUGACACCUGUUUAAAGGAGUGCAGUGAAAUUGGAUUGGAUGCUUCUCGCAAAGUGCUAGACAAUGAUAUCAGAGACCAAAUAACUACAGUUCAAGAGCCCAAUCCUUUGGCCAAAAAUGAAAGUUCUACAGUAAAGCAGCUGUCUGAAGAUUUGAUUCUGGUAGUGGACCUUUCUGACAAAAAUGCAGCAAAGAGCAGUGGAGAUGGAAGCAAGGGGAAUGAUGAAAAAACGCUUUUGGAGGAAUCAUCCAAAGCCUCCAAAGAUGCUAGCCUAAUUGCAGAAGGUAAAAAACAGGCUCUUGAAGAGGGAGACAACACUGUAAAAGAGGGUACUGAAAAACAAACCUUUGAGAUACUGGAUUCAACUGAUAGUCAUAAUGAUGAUUAUAUUUCUUCAGACAUCCACCUUUUUGAUGAGCAGAAUUUUGAGAGUUUUGUCACUGUUGAUGAAAUUGUUGAGGAUGUGGACGACAACCAAGGCACCUCCUCAUCUGAGCAGAACUCUAGAAAGAAAAGAAAAAGACAAAACUCAGAUGUUUCAUCUUCUGCUAAGCAGAUCUCAACAAGAUCCUCGAAAGAGUCUAAGAACUCAGCUUUAUCUUCCAAAUCCAAGUCCACCGAAGCUUCAGAGAAAAGCACCCUGUCUUUAGGCUUGACCACUGAGUCACCAAAAAAACAAAAAGGCUCAUCUGAACCAACCAAAUUCAAUACCAUAUCUAUGCAAUCUGCUCAGGCCACUAAGACACCUUUAUUCUCUUCUUCGCUGCCUGUCGAAAUUCAUGCAUCUCCUUUUCGCAGAGCACAGCCACGCAAGACAGAAUCUCCAGCCAGAAGACCACACACUGUAUCCUCAGGCCACAAGACCCAUUUGUCAGAGAUGGCAUCAACAUCAGAUAUUGAGGCAUCUGUAAAGAUUCAAUAUUCUAAUCAAUCAGAGAAAAAAACCUCAGCAAAGUCUGACCACAAAGUAUCAGCAGAGGGCAUUACAGCAGGGGAUUAUGUCGGAAAAUGUAUUGAGGAGGAGGAGGAAGAUGGUGAAACUUACCAAGUCAUUGAUUCAGUUGAUGAUCAAACAGAAGAACAACUGGAUAAAGAUGGAAAUCAAGAUGCCUGUGCUAAAACCAAGUAUCCAGGACCUAAGCAAAGCCACACAUUGCAUGGGGAAGGUUCUCAGAUUUUAGACAAUAUCAAAUAUACAAUUCGAAAUGAAAUAAAACAGCACCUUGAAGGUCAAGACUUCACUUCAACAAAUGCUACUGAAGCAUUUGAGAUACUGGAUUCGGUUGAUGAUCUGACUGAAAUAGAAGAUGAUAACCAAAAACUUGAAACCCUCAGCACCCAAGUAUCUAAAGAAGCCACAGAAGAAGAGGAAGAAGCUUACCAGGUGAUUGAUUCUGUGGAAGAUGAGCCAGCAACCGCAGAGACCAAAUUGGAGGCAGACAACAAGGAAAAAAGAACAGAGAAAUCCAAUGAAGCUAAAAGAGAUGAUAGACAAACAAGGACAAGUGGAUCAAGGACCAGAACAUCUAAAAGUGAAGAGGAGGGGAAAUUACCAAUAAAAGAGGACAAGAUGGUGAAAAAAUAUGAAACAAGAACAAAGAAAAGCACUACAGAAAAAGACAAAAAUAUUCUCAAGGACACUGAAAAGAUCAUUCAUGGGAAAGUAAAUUUUGAUAAAGAUGAAUCAGUUCAAGAUGCUUUUACUGCAGAAAGAUCUGAUAGUAGAAGGUCUGCUAGAGGAUACAAAGAGGUCAAACUGGCAUACACAGAACAAUCUAAAAAGCCAGAGGCAGUAGUGACUGACAACAGCAAUUCAGCCAUUACAGCACAAUCUACCAGUGGGAGAAAGGAAAGAACGGCUAAAGAAGUCCCAACAAAAGACAAGACUACAGUAAGAAGGAGAACCACAUGGGCUGUAGAUUCCCAGAAACAGGAUCCUGAGAAAAAUAGAGAAAAUGAAGAGAGAGCGCCACCGACCGAGAGGACACUGACAACAAAGAGUGAUGCCUUGAUAAAAGACUUAAGGGAGGACUCUACCUAUGAAAUGCACCCUGCGAAAGAUGAUGAUGUUAGGAAUAAUCAACCUGCAACUUCAGAAAACACAAGGUUGGAAAGACCAAGGAAAUAUAUUGAGAAAACUGUUUUGGAUGACACAUCUGAGCUAGUGACUCUGGAUGAGGUAGGGGCAGAUGAGGGUGGAGAGAAAUGUGUGUUGGAGGGAGAAGAGUGGAAUAGGGAGAUUACGGAGGAUGAGCUGCAGGAGUUUGUCACUUUGGAUGAGAUUGGUGAAGAAGAAGAGGAGGGACAUGAGGUCUGUCCACUCAACCCAGAUAGCCAGUCAGUGAAGUCCUUAAACCGAGAGACUUUAUCAAAUGUGAAUGAAGCAGUGGAUGAUGAGAAUGAGAAGGGUGUCAAAAAGGAGGCUCAGAAAAUCUCAAGAUCUAAUAAACGCAAACGUGAUGACAAUGCAGAGGAGAAUGUGAACUUGAAAAGAGAUGAAGACAAGGACAAGAAAGCCGUUAGAACCAGGACAAGUGGCCAAGCCAGGAAGAGGACUAGACAGAUCCCUGUGAGAAAAUCUGUUAGAGGGAAAAAGGGGGAUGCAACACACGAGAGAGAAGAUGCAGAAACAGAAUCACUUCCUGCCGCUUCACUCGAGUCCUCGUCACUGGACAAAAACGUAUCUGUACUAUCAAGUGACGACAAACCAGACAGCCAGAAAACAGAGGAGAAACCAGAGAGCCAGCCCGAUGUUGAUGCUGCCUCUGCUGGGCAACAGCAACAGCCUGAGUAUCUUGAUAACCAGACACAGGAAGGACCGAGCAGGAGUGACGUUAAAGCCAUCAGUAAACGAAGGAGAGCACUUAUUGAACCCAAAGCAAAACGAUCUUGUUCUCAGUCUCCUCACGUCACAGACAACUUGGAUGCUGACGCGUCCCUUGGUGAUGAGCAUGUGGUCCAAAAAAUGGGGCUUUUCUGUAACCUUUGCUCCAUUUUCUACCUGGAUGAGCAAAAUGCUACGGACCUCCACUGCAGAAGCCAGAAACACCAGGUGAACCUGAAGAAACAUCAACAGAAGCUUCGACCGAGGCCUUCGAGAAUGUCGACAAGAAAUUAUCAAGGCUCUGUUAAGGAUGAAUAUAACUAGAUUUUUUUUUCUUCUUUCCUGUUUUUUAUGAGAGGUGCAAACAAAACCAUGUGUAGUUGAGACUUGGUGAGGAGUGACUCAAGUGUGUGAAACCUGGGAGAAUGACUUGUCUGCGUGUUGAACCACUGGACAAGUUUUAAAUUUACAGUUUCAGGUGAAUAAUUAGCCCUCAUGAACAUAUUCUUAUAAGAAAAAUAACUAAGCGCUUUCUGCCGCUUUUUUCAUGGAACAUCUACCAUGAGGAAAUUUUUUUGCGUCGUCCACAGUUUUUGUCACAUGACAUUAGCUACGUCCCUCAACAGCUACUAACACAAGGUAAAUGUAUUUUUGUCCAUAUCGUUUUUAUUGGGUCAAAGCCCUCAGGUUGGUUAUAGAUCUUUUUUUGUUUCUAAUUAUAACAAUAACAAUAAAUUCUAAUUUUUAAAUAAUGUAUUUGUUUUCACGUAGUUUUUCCUCCCCUGGUUGAAAUUAAUACAUAAGUACAUGUAACAUCCAUUAAUUUUCUUUAACUGAGUUUGGCUACUGUCCUGUAAAUACCUUAGAUCGUAUUAAAGAUGGGCAUAGCCUUUGGGUUCACAAAUGAAGUGGAAGUGCCUUAAACAUGCAUUUCAGUGAAUGGGCAGCAGGGAGAGACUCCUCUGGUUGGAGAAGGGUUUCAGUUGUAUAGAAGUUUGUGGGAAGUCUGCUAACAAAAACAUUAUGUUUUUUUACUAAAUGUUGGUUAUUUUUAAGAGGGAGAUAGGAAGAUUACCCACCUUUCACUCUUUAGCUAAUCGGGGUGCAUGUUUACAGUUGUAUCCACCCCUUGCGUGUUUUAAAACUCGCAACAUGCUGAUGGGGAAAAUGCUCCACUGGUUUGUCAUGUGAAACAGAAAGGAUGUCAGUUUUCAGCUUCAUGUACUUUGCUGCUGUUAGAGAGAAGCAUGCUGUCUAGAUUUAUGCAAAGCUAACAAACUUUUUUUUUCCUCUUUCAGUGAGAGAGAGAGCGAGUACAACUAUAUUGUUUUAUGAUUGGUUUGCUGUAUGUCAAAGCUGUUAACUAUGGUAUGUUCACCCUGUAAAUCUUCAUGCACAUCAGUGCAGUUUAAACGCAACAUUUUCUCCCCGCAAGUCACUACAGAAAUAUCUGUACACAUUUCCUGUGUAACCUCGGGGAAAAUAAAACACUUCCUGUUUUUUCAGCUUUAGAUAUUUCUGUCAUUUAUUCGAUUCUGCUCCUUCUAUUGUUAAAUGUUGUUCACAAAGAUAUCGUAACAUACACGAGUGAAUUCUUAAAUACUGUAAUAGUUAUUAAAAUAGUAUAUAGGAUUUGUGUAGCCAUAAAUAUUUAUCUAAACCUUUAAUUGUAUUAAUACUGUAUUACAUCUGAGUUUAAUAUCAUUAAACACACAACCAAACACAA